AUGGUUGCUGCGACUGCUGUCAACAACACUUCAAUUCCCACUCCGGGUGUGGACUCCAACGAUUUUAUUCACGAUAAAAAGUGGGCCUCAUGCUUUCCACAGUCUUUGGCGGAUGAGCAAAGCUCAUUGAAAUUCAUGACCAGAGCGAUGUACGUCGCGUUUUCGUGUGUGCUGCGUUAUCGAAAACUUUUCGCCGAGGAUUUUUUCAAGAUGACGAUGAUAACUGAGAAAUUGAAAAUUCGGGCGCUGAGCUUUGAGAAUCCCGACGCUUCACGAAUAGCAUUUCUUAUUCGUUCGGCAGCCGAGGGGAUCAAGGAAGGAGUUUUGGAGGAGUUCGCACUUGUUAUCAGUUCGAAAAAGGAAGAAGAAGAAGCACUUGAAGUUUUCUCUUGGAAAAUGCAUUAUGAUGCUUUCAACAACCCGACGGCGACCUUUACGCAAGGAAGAGAAGAACCCAAUUCUCCACUUACACAACUCGCUCAACUCAAAUAUGAAGGGUCGACUAGUGUUCGUGACCAGCUCGUAUUGCUCGUCAGAAGCAUUCAAGUUAUCUGUCAAAAAGUUCUUUCCGAGUUACCAAAAGAUGUUUCCAUGAAUUUUCGAGUCAGUUAUCUUCCACACGUACGGCCGGAUUAUCAAAUAGAAGGAUUUAGGGAUUCCAGUUAUUUUUAUUCUGUGCCAGAGGAUUGCCAAUCCGCUUCACUGGGACACCUCCGACCUGGUCAUCACGGAUGCUACGUUUCCUGUUCUAGUAUGUUCAUAGCCGAUUCGUUCACCGCUGAAACAACGCUCAAGAAAUAUACCGAUAAAUUUGCCGACCAAUUGGGAUAUGAGCGAUCAAGCGGUUUAUAUCAGUCAUUCAUGUCAGCAGAUGAUCCAAAUGUGACAAACGCUUCUUUGCUCGUGGCCGCUCCAACGGAAUCCUCUCAAUCGCCGAAUGAUGAAGCUAAUGCUUCUAUUGACGCCGCAGAAAAACUUGCGAAGAAGAUCGACAGUGUAAAUAUCAGCGAUAAAGGGAAGAAAAACAAACGAAAGCAAGCUACCAUUGACGAGAAUAACACAAGCCCAACAAGGAGGAGCAUGCGAUUCGCUCGCGUUGUCUCCUGUUCGAAAGAGAGCCCAACAAAGCGUAGUAAAGAAUAA